AGUUGUAGAACAAUGAAUUUAAUAAAAUCAGCUACAUUAGCUGCAGCGAUUUUUUGUAUCGUUUUAAGCCAAGUUUCUGGCCAGACAAAAGAUGAAACCACAACAAUCAAGCCAGAAACGCCAAAGGAAAAAAUCAAAGUAAUUGAUAGCAAAUUGUGUAAAAAGUGCGAUUGCUAUAUCGACACCAACUUGCUGGAGUGCUCCGGAAAACUACAGGAUUGGUUGUCCGCCGAGGACUGGGAGAUUCUGAUCAACGGCGAUGUUGUGUUCAAAACAAUCAGUCUGGAGCACAACAACCUGACCAGCGUGCCAAUUCUGCCGAAAUACGAUGUGGAGAACUUGUACUUGGCUAAUAACCAAAUCGAUUCCAUUACCGUGGCAGCUUUUCAGAAUUUAACCGAACUAGUCACACUUGAUUUGUCGCAUAACCGAUUGACUUCGAAAGUUAUGGUGCCGGAUGUUUUUAAAGGUCCCUUCACUAUCAACGAUUUUGCGUCGUUGGAAAAUCUAAAGAUUCUCAACUUGGGAUACAACGAUCUGCAUAGCUUGGAUGCGGAUCUGUUUGAACACAUUCCCCACAUUGAGGAACUCGUUCUCUGCUCAAAUAGGUUUCAUGUCAUCGAUCAACUAUCAGAAACAGCCAUUUCCGGCUUACAAUCGUUGAAGACCUUGGAUGUCUCUUAUAUGGAAAUCGAUGACUUGCCGGAUACAAUUCUACAUGGUCCCCGAGAUCUUGAGAUCCUUAUAGCCGCUGGCAAUCUGUUUAAUCAAUUGCCAAAGGCCCUGAAAUAUGCGACGAACUUGACCAGCCUGGUCCUAAACGAAAAUCCCAUCGAAAAUUUAAUUGGCGACAAUGUAUUUCCGCCUUUGACAAAAUUGACCCACCUCAGCAUGACAUUUAUGUCCAAGUUGUACAAAAUUGGACCAGGAGCAUUUAGUGAACUGCAAAGUUUAACCGAACUGAUAUUGUCCGACAACAAACUGCUAAAUGAAAUUGAUGAGGAGGCUCUAUCCAAGAACGUAACUGGUGGCCAGUUCUUGGACUACCCGCCAUUGGAAAAGGUUUACUUGAAUAAUUGCAACGUGUCGACAUUGCCGAAACAACUACUAGUGCGCUGGGAUAAACUUAAGGCUCUGGAUCUUAGAUUCAACCCGUGGAAUUGCGACAACUCCAAUGACUACUUGAUCAACAUCUUGAUAGAUCGAAUCAACAAGACCACGCCCGUUCUGGCCAAAGAUGUCAAGUGUGGCGGUCCGAACAAGUUAAACGAUGUUACGCUGCUCAGAGUGGCGAAUGAACAUAUGAUUGAAAGUUCGACGGGUAGUCUUAUAUGGGUUGGACUCCUGGUUGUCCUGCUUAUCGCGGUGCCGACCAUCAUUGGUGCCUACGUGAUGAAGAGGCGCGGCUGCUUUGGCGUCUUUAGACGUCAUGACAGCGGUGCUAGCAGUGCUCUCUAUAAUAGGACUAGUUUCAAUGAGGAUUUCCAUAUUUAACUUUCUUUUUGUAUAAUAAAAGCCUUGAAGCCUUAA